AUGGCAGGCCAACCCGAUUUCCGCCAAGUUGCGGGUGCCUUUACUACACUUGCUGAGCAGAGUGCAUUGCUACCCAAUCUUCCGGCUCUUGAUGGCGGUGCACAAAUAUUAGCGGCAAUGGAGGGUUUGCAGCAGGGGCAGGCGCGGUUGGAACGCCGCUUUGAACGCUUUGAGCACCGCUUUGAUGCCUUGGAAGUGAGGCUUAGAGCCGGGGAUGCAAAUGCGUUGGCGCGAUCUCUCAACAGCACUGUGAAAGAGGCAGGACAGAUGUUGAAACCUUUACGGAGUUUGCGGACAGGGGAGGUUAUCGAGGGUUUUCCUGAGACCUUGGCGGAAAUUAAUCGUAUGAACUCACAACCGUUGAACGCGAUCCUGGAGGAAUUGGACCAGAGACUAGGAGGAACACUGAUGGAGAGGAAGCGUCAGUUAAAGUUGCUCUGUGGUGUUGUGACACAGCUGGUGUAG